GGAACUCUCAGCUCAGCAGCUCCUUGUUGGCGGCGGUCCGCGCCCCCGCCCCCAACUGCUUGGGGUUCUGCGCCUUCUGCCAGCAACCCGGCCCCUACCGAGGGCCGAAGACGCCAGGGAAAAGCGUCAUGAUUUGGGCUUGUAAAAUGCCACAUGCCUUGGGGCCUGUUUCUCUUCCCAUUCCUUUUGUCCACUGCUGCUUGCUUCAGCUCUUGUACAUCUGGUCCUGUUCCCGCCAGCUGAUUUUAAUGCUCAGAUCCUCCUCCUCUUCCAGGUCUCCGUCUACCUUCCACUACAGUCAACUUCUGAGCUAGCGCAUUGCUGCCUUGCCCUGCUCUGGCGCUCCCACUUGGAUCUCGACUGACUUCGUAGUCGUCUCGUUAAUCUGUCACACUUUAGUAUUCCGAGGAUCGUAUUUAGAUGCCCUUUGAGAAAGACUUUGUUCCUGAACUCCUCCCUUCUCUUUUAGGGUUGGACUACUAUAAUACAAUUCUCUUGUGUACAUUCUAGAGACCCUUCAAGUUACAACAUUUAAUAAUGUAUAAUUGCUAUUACUUUGUACGUGUAUUAAGGCUGUUUUGGUGUGAUUAUUUUUUUCGAUUACUUGUCUUUUGAAGUUAUGGACAGUUUCUUUUUCCUUAGACAGGGUCUCUCUGUCGCCCAGGCUGGAGUGCAGCGAUCAUAGUUCCGGGCAGCCUCCAACUCCUCCUAGGCUCAAGCGAUCCUCUUGCCUCAGCCUCCCGAGUAGCUAGGACUACAGGCAUGCGCCACAACAUUCGGCUAAAAAAAAACAAUUUUUUUAAACCUUUGAGAGACAGAGUCUGGCUGUAUUGCCUCAGGCUGGUCUGGAACUCUUGGCCUCAAGCCAUCCUCUCUCCUCAGCUUCCCAAAGUGUUGGAAUGACAGGAUUGAGCCACUUCGCUGGCCUCUGUUGCUUUUAUCAUCUCUUUACAGGGCAUUCCUCAUAGUCUCUCUACAUUAACCAUUCAAUUUUUAUGAAUAUGUGGGAUAGACAAGCUGUUGUGUGAGCUCUACAGAUGUUUAAAGAAGGACUUUUCUACCAGAUGGAGAUUGUAGGAUCUUGAAGUACCACAGAAGAGGGAGGACGCACUCUAAGAAUUACAUCUAAAUUCGAAUUUUGGGCCCAUCAUUUAGUAGUUGGAUGCCCUUCAACUAAACCUCUUUCUAAGCCUGAACUUUUGAAUAUAAAAUGGGGGUGAUGUAAUACCUACUUAUAGAAUUGUGCAGAUUGAGCUAAUAUAUGAUUUCACAGGUUAAAUUUUGUUGCUUACAUUCCUCGAAGUAAAUUCUGUAAUCUCAGUUCUGUAGAUUAGGGUCAGAGGGGUUAAGUAAUGUGCUCUAGUUCCCUGAGCUUACUAGCUCAGUAAGUGUGUGAAAUUGUCAGAAUCCAGGAAUUCUCACUCCAGACUAUUAAUCUGUACUGCUUCAAGUCUUUCCCAUUUUCUGUGUGUGUGUUUUAACCCCUUUUUGAAGUUCAUAGCACAUCAUUGUACCCCUUUUUAUUUUUUGCUUACGGCUUUUUUCUGUCUGAAUUUUUACUGAUUUUUUUUAUUUUUUGGAGACUGAGUCUCGCUCUGUCACCAGGCUGGAGUGCAGUGGCGCGAUCUCGGCAACCUUUGCCUUCUGGAUUCAAGCAAUUCUGCCUCGGCCUCCGGAGUAGCUAGGACUACAGUCACGCGCCACCACGUCCAGCUAAUUUUUGUAUUUUUAGUGGAGAUGGGGUUUCACCAAUUUGGCCAGGAUGAUAUCCGUCUCGACCUCGCGAUCCCCCUGCCUCGGCCUCCCAAAGUGCUGAAAUUACAGGCGUGAGCCACCGCGCCCAGCCCAUUUUUACUAAUCAUAUGUCCAUUUUGUCAGGAGAUUUGUUAUCUUGAAAGUUUCUCUUGAUAGUGAUAUCUUCCAAUGUUAUUUAUUAUAUAUAUUAUUGAGUAGCCACUAUGUAGUAAAACUAUUGUGCCAGUAGCUCACAGUUUAUGACUUUAGGCAUACAUGAUUUUUAAAUAUUUAAUACAGUGGAAAGAUGUUCUCUUUGUGCCCCUGUUCCUCUUCCUUCUUUCUUACCCAUGGUAACUAUGGUUACCAGAUAUUUGUGUAUUCUUCUUGAGACGUUCCAUGCAUUAUCAUUUCCUUAUCUGAAGCACUCUGGUAGACUUUUUCCAAUACUUAAAAUGAAAUUCUGUCAUAAUUGUCAGAGGACAUUCUCAUUUUGCUUUUUACAUCUUAUAAUGAAAAAGACGACUUAGGUAUAAAUCCUAGCAGGAUUUGGUGCUAUGGAGAAAUUUUUGGUAGAAUAUAAGAGUGCAGUGGAGAAGAAACUGGCAGAGUACAAAUGUAACACCAACACAGCAAUUGAACUAAAAUUAGUUCGUUUUCCUGAAGAUCUUGAAAAUGACAUUAGAACUUUCUUUCCUGAGUAUACCCAUCAACUCUUUGGGGAUGAUGAAACUGCUUUUGGUUACAAGGGUCUAAAGAUCCUGUUAUACUAUAUUGCUGGUAGCCUGUCAACAAUGUUCCGUGUUGAAUAUGCAUCUAAAGUUGAUGAGAACUUUGACUGUGUAGAGGCAGAUGAUGUUGAGGGCAAAAUUAGACAAAUCAUUCCACCUGGAUUUUGCACAAACACGAAUGAUUUCCUUUCUUUACUGGAAAAGGAAGUUGAUUUCAAGCCAUUCGGAACCUUACUUCAUACCUACUCAGUUCUCAGUCCAACAGGAGGAGAAAACUUUACCUUUCAGAUAUAUAAGGCUGACAUGACAUGUAGAGGCUUUCGAGAAUAUCAUGAAAGGCUUCAGACCUUUUUGAUGUGGUUUAUUGAAACUGCUAGCUUUAUUGACGUGGAUGAUGAAAGAUGGCACUACUUUCUAGUAUUUGAGAAGUAUAAUAAGGAUGGAGCUACGCUCUUUGCGACCGUAGGCUACAUGACAGUCUAUAAUUACUAUGUGUACCCAGACAAAACCCGGCCACGUGUAAGUCAGAUGCUGAUUUUGACUCCAUUUCAAGGUCAAGGCCAUGGUGCUCAACUUCUUGAAACAGUUCAUAGAUACUACACUGAAUUUCCUACAGUUCUUGAUAUUACAGCGGAAGAUCCAUCCAAAAGCUAUGUGAAAUUACGAGACUUUGUGCUUGUGAAGCUUUGUCAAGAUUUGCCCUGUUUUUCCCGGGAAAAAUUAAUGCAAGGAUUCAAUGAAGAUAUGGCGAUAGAGGCACAACAGAAGUUCAAAAUAAAUAAGCAACACGCUAGAAGGGUUUAUGAAAUUCUUCGACUACUGGUAACUGACAUGAGUGAUGCCGAACAAUACAGAAGCUAUAGACUGGAUAUUAAAAGAAGACUAAUUAGCCCAUAUAAGAAAAAGCAGAGAGAUCUUGCUAAGAUGAGAAAAUGUCUCAGACCAGAAGAACUGACAAACCAGAUGAACCAAAUAGAAAUAAGCAUGCAACAUGAACAGCUGGAAGAGAGUUUUCAAGAACUAGUGGAAGAUUACCGGCGUGUUAUUGAACGACUUGCUCAAGAGUAAAGAUUAUACUGCUCUGUACAGGAAGCUUGCAAAUUUUCUGUACAAUGUGCUGUGAAAAAUCUGAUGACUUUAAUUUUAAAAUCUUGUGACAUUUUGCUUAUACUAAAAGUUAUCUAUCUUUAGUUGAAUAUUUUCUUUUGGAGAGAUUGUAUAUUUUAAAAUACUGUUUAGAGUUUAUGAGCAUAUAUUGCAUUUAAAGAAAGAUAUAGCUUCUGAAAUACUACUGCAAUUGCUUCCCUUCUUAAACAGUAUAAUAAAUGCUUAGUUGUGAUA